UUCUCAGAGAUCAAAAUUCUUCUGCCCUAAAAUUGACGAUCUCAAAGCCUCCGCCUUCGACCUUCGACCGCAGCCGUCUCCAAGCGUUCGACUCCGCCCUCCGCCUUCACCCUCCGCCCUCCGCCUUCACCCUCCGCCGUCUCCAAGCCUCCGCCUUCGACUUCAGCCGUCUCCAAGGCUCCGCUCUCGACCGACUUCAAGCCUCCGCCUUCAAGCUCGACCGACCAUCAACAGCGACCUCCGAAAAUUCUCUCCUCGGUUUCUUCUAACACUAAGAAUAAUGGCGGAUAAAUCAGCAAUCGGGCUCUCGUGGGCUCCAAAAUUGCCUCCUUUAACCAGUGGAACUACAAAGAGCUCAGAAAAGGCUCAGAGCUCGCAGCAUGGCUCUGUUUGGAAAUCUGAGGAUCAACUUGUGGAUGGAUUGUUUGUGCCUCCGAGGGAUCCGAGGAAGCUGAACAAAUUGAUGAAGAAGAAUGUGAAGGAUACAACUGGAAAGAGUUGGUUUGAUAUGCCUGCACCUACAAUUACUCCGGAGUUGAAGAAGGAUCUCGAGAUUCUCAAGUUAAGGAAUGCCAUUGAUCCAAAAAAGCACUUCAAGAAGGGAGACAAGUCUAAGGCACUACCCAAAUAUUUCCAGAUGGGCACUGUAGUUGAACCUGUAUCUGAGUUCUUCUCCGGUAGGUUAACUAAGAAAGAGAGGAAGGGUACAUUGGCUGAUGAGCUGCUCUCAGAUCAAACCCUUAAGUCAUACAGGAAGCGCAAGGUUCAAGAGAUUGAAAAUAAAAAUCGUCCUGGUGGUGUAGAGAAAUGGAAGAACAAGGGUCAUCAGACUUGGAAACGUGCCAAGCAAAGAAGGGGAUGAGAAAAUUACGUAUCUUUUUUCCCCCUACAAUUAUCAUGUUUAAUUGUAGAAUAUUAGAAGUAUUUACCUUCCUUGCCCAUGUUUGAGUGUGUACUUGAUGAGUUUUGGAUUUUAAAUGGUAAUUAGCAUAGCAUUUCUUUUGAAGCUAAAUUGUAGCGCAACUUAAAUUAUGCAACUUUGGGCUGUACGUGCAGUGACUAAAUCAAGAACAUCAUAAUUUUUUGAAGAGAGUUGAGGGAAUAUAGGAAUUUGGAUUUUAGGUC